AUGGACGAUGAUGAUUUGGGGAUGUCAGCCGGCAAAUACGCACGGCUGGAUGGAGGGGACGACAUGAAUGAGAAUAAAGAACGAUAUGCUAGAGAAAAUCACAGUGAG